AUGCCGGUGACUAUACCAUCAGGACCCAAUUGUUGAAGCGCUAGUCAGUGAGCAUGGCUGAGUACGGUAACCAUUGUGUCCUUGCGUAACCUUUUCCAGCUAUCCAACAGCAAGGAAAUGAUCUAUGUAGUGGUCGCUUUGCUAGUAUGGGGAGCCCAGCAGACAUUGGCAUAUGACUGCAGUGCGCAUCCAUGGAUAGACGAAGCCGUCCAGCAGUGGUUUCGCCCUUCUUACGAAGUCGCACGGCAGUCAAGCAAGACCAUUGAGGAAAGCCUGCAGGCUAUCGCAGACAUUAAGUGGGGAAACUACUCCACCGGCAAAACGCUGGUGGUUCUCUGGUAUGACGCCUCCACCUCAGAAUACCGCCUCCGAUUCGAGGAGCUGCACAAGCACAACGAGGCGCACAAGCCCGUUGGCAUGCAGCGGGUGUUGGAGCGGGCUGUACGGCAGCACAAUGCCGACCUUGUUGCCGCGCUUGGGAAGCGUGAGAUGAAGUUUAUUUUUGGAACCGAGGAUUUCCCAAUUGUUGAUCCCAACAUGCGGCUGCGAGUGCCCUCCUUCCAGCCAUGCACCACAAAGGGCUCAGUGGACGUCCCCGUUCCAGACCACAGCUUCGAGCUCUACUCGCAGGCCUCCUACACCAAUCACAGCUGGUGGGAGGUGCGGCGGCUGCUGCUGCUGAAGGCCGCCCUGCUGCCCUGGAGCCACCGGCAGCGGGAGCUGUUCGUGCGGGGGGACGCGGGGGUGGGCUACCGCAAGACCCUGCUGUCCAUCUUGCACGAGGCUAGGGUGAAUGGCUCUGACUUGUCGUUGUUCGGGGUGCACGUCAACGCCCACUCCACGGGGUUCUACGUGUCAAAUCGAAAGCAUUUCACGUUCCUAGACAACUGGUGCCAGUACCGCUACCUGCUCCACCCCUCGGGCCUCACCUACAGCAUCUCGCUCAAGUACAAGCUAGCCUGCGGGGCGGUGGUCCUCUACUUCGACCACAAGUACUCCGAGUUCUACUACCCCGCCCUCAAGCCCGGAGUCCACCUCCUCUCCUUCCCGGAGGCCCCUAGGGAGCAGUUCCUAACCGACGUCGCGCCACGUGUCAAGGCAGCCAUCCUGCGCCUGGAAGCCGACCACCCCACCUCGCCGCCCCCCCAGGCGCUCGCCGCUCGCGAAUUCGCCGCCAGCCAGCUGAGCGACGAGUCGCUGGGGUGCUACUGGUACAGCGUGCUGCGGGCGUAUGCGGGGCUGUACUUCACGGAGAGCGGGGCGCAGGUGCCGCAGCAGGUGCAGCUGGGGGACCGGAACACAACCCUGAACCCGACCUUGUAGAAGGGAGGUGCAGGCAGCAGGCUGUUAUGGUCUGUCGUGCGUUGUCUAGCUGUACUGCACUUGGUUUCUCGCGUUCUACUCUGCGUCUUGGAACUUUGGAAAAGCUUUGAAUCCUAUUCCCCGGACCGACCUGGGUAUCACCAGUUGUAGUUGUGCAAUCUAUAGCUUGUUGCCAUGGCGUGGAACGGAACCCACAUUUUGUCAUUAUAAAUGCCCUAGGCCGCGAUCGUUGGGGGUUGGUCCUUUGCAUCCCAUCCCACGUGUCAUGGAGUGUGGAUUAAGAGGACUGGAGUGUGCGUGAUAAGAAAACUGGCAGCGAGUCGGAACGUACUGCGAACUAACCGCGAGUCGAAAGGUACUGUGAUUGCCCGAAGAUCACGAAGCAGCGUGUGUUAAAAAUAGCAGCGUGUGUGUGUUUUGUUUGCGCAAUCGUUUUUGGUGCUUUGUGUGAUAAGGGCAUUCUUGACACCUCUAUCGGUUAUACUCCUAUUGCUAACCCUGUUUGGGUUUUCUUUUAUAGGGUGCUGCCGUCUGUGCUGUUACCAUUUUUAGCCGGUUAUGGUGAAUGAUCUAGUUGGACGGCAGAAAGCAUAGACGUUUGGGCUUUUGGCGCAGCCUGCGUAUGAAAAUUUAAUACCAUGAGGUAGGUUUUCAAAUUCCCUAUCCAAUGGUGUUAAGAUUGACGACAAUGCGCAGAUGGGGCCGACAGUGCAUCAGUGCGACAUUGAUGUUGAUGUUGCGGGCGUCAAGACAUCCAUUGCUACACAUGCAAGCGCCAUGUGCACCACCAGAGCGUCGUAGCCUUGUUUCUUUUGGUGUUCCUUUUUGGUGCAUGAAUAUCGCCUGAGCGGGAGGGACUCCCCCUCUCCCAAGCAUUUGCGGCACGCAUCACCCUGAGGGGGGAGAGGACUCCCUGUCCCCCCUUUUACCCCCCUCCCCCUGCGUUUCUUCCUCCUGUUCCCCCGCGUGCACAUUAAGUGCAUAUGUUGGGCUACCAGCGGGGCAGCAAGAAACCUCCAACUGUCUGGAGGGUGACAACGGGUCAAAUCUUACAUCUACCAGCGUAUGCACACUGUAUCAACUGCAGUGAUGAAACCCGUCAGCUUCGCAGACACCGGGGCUCGCCCCCUUUUUAAAUCAAAACUCGCUGUCAAGUAUUUUAUAGGACAUAUCGGUGCCGGCUGGGCGGAGGGAGGUCGUACAGUUGGGAUUCGUAUUACAUGUUAGCACUAACAUGUUAGCAGUAUGUGUAACUUUCCUCCUUGUAAUUUCGUAUUCUCUGUGUUGAUGCGUCAAUG